GGCUCUCUGACACAUCCGGAAACAUGGCAGCCGAGUACGGGCGAAAGUGGGAUCGCUGUCUUGCUGACACAGCCGUGAAAACAGUGACAGGCAUCGGUGUUGGCAUAGUGUUCUCCGUCCUCUUCUUCAAACGUCGAACGUGGCCCGUGUCAUUCGGCUCAGGCCUGGGUUUGGGAAUGGGAUACAGCAACUGCCAGCAUGACUUCAGGUCUCCGUAUCUGAUUCAUGGUGGCAUGGUUAAGGACCAACAGUGAAAGACUGAAAAAGGCGAUGAGAAUCUCAUCUGCUUUAGUUAGAUCAUCAGGCUGCUCGUCUCUUUCCUGCCACCACCAUCAAAGAUGCCCACAUUGUGUGUCUUGUAAUGCAAUAAAUAUAUAUUUAAUACAAUCAUUGCAUAAAGCU